AGAUCUGCAUGAGAGAGCUACCGAUGAACACAUCAUUCGACAUCUGCGUCUGUCCAGGUACGAAGUUAAUUGCAAACCUGGAGCACAAUUAUACCCCAUGCUAUAACAUUGCAACCGGGUUAUUCCGAGCCACCAGGGAUCAAAACCAUAGUUUAGCUAAAAUUAUCCUCUUCGGGUAUAGGUUGGAUUAUUCAUCUUUCUGAGCUGAAUUGAGUUUCAUUUCUUCCUGACAAAAUGCAGUAUCUCCUUGCUUUCUUGUCACUCACUUCUGUUAUCACCUCCUGCUAUUGCGUUCGAAUACCACUUUUCGCCACCCUCCGUCAUCUUCAACAUGAGAUUGAUAAUCUAAAGGGUGAGGUAUUUCUUCUUCGCCAGGCACAGGAACAAUGUCACCCUACUGAAGACCAUCAAGAUGGAAAGAAUACAGAUGCGACUGUUACUGUCAAUUUCGCCUCAUGUCGUCUCACCAAAAACGAGAACGGGGAGAUUGUUGGCAGAGUCGAUCUUCGAGAACAGGAAGGGAGUUCGAAAGUACUUGAGGUCCGUCUUCAGGUUGAUGGUGCGAAGCUCACUUUGGAAGCAAACAGUAAACAUGGAUUUCACGUACACGCCUAUGGUAACAUCAGCGGCUCAUGCUCAAACACAGGAGGUCAUUACAAUCCGGAAGGGGUGCUUCAUGGAGGACCGACCUCAACUCAGAGACAUACUGGCGAUCUCGGCAAUGUUCAAGCAGAUGCUUCGGGCAAUAUCAAUGUGAGUUUCAAUGAUACUCAUGCAUCACUUACAGGAGACAACGCUAUCAUUGGACGAGCAUUUGUGCUUCAUGCAGGAGAAGACGACUUGGGUACUGGCGGAGACGCGGGAAGUCGAGCGACGGGUAAUGCUGGAUCUCGAUUGGCUUGCUGUGUCAUUGGAUGGGCUUCUGGUACAGACUGGACCAACUAAAUAAUUGUUCAUUUUUUGCUAUUUCUAUAAGAUAAAUGAUUAUAAUUGUGUAAAUCAUGAUAAUGUUUAUCAAUACAUCUGUUUUUACAUUUGAUAUUACUCUUUUGUACAACUUCUACUUUUAUAUUUUCGUCCCAACCUAUCAUUAUUUUGAUGUGAUGUUAGAUGGUUCUUUUUAUUAAUAAAGGAAAUAUCGAAUGCUCGUCUUAAAUUUGGAAUUGUGUAUAUUAAUACGGAAUAUAGAACAAGAAUUUUACAUGCAAAUCGUUCACUCACUAGACCUUAAAAUACAACCCCAAAAUACUGAGUAUUAUCGGAGGAGGGGCGGGGGUGCCUGGCUCAGUCCAUUAUGUGAUGAGAAAGAGGGAAAAUAAUGAUUAUCGAGUAAUGUCUUUGUUUUAAGUUAUGGGCUUUGAAAAUAAUUCUAUCAAAUUAACUUUUCAAAAUAAAAAUUAUUUGGAUUGUGUUAGUAAUUUAAUUUGGCUUAAUAAUUGUAGUCAUAAUUCUGACUGUCAGACAAAUAGAUUUAGACGCACUGGUCAUGCUGGUUACAUUAUAUUUUCAUUGUAUAUAUUUGUGUAUAGCUGCAUCUUGUUCUUCAUAAUGUAUCAUCCAAUGAAAAUGCUAUUAUAUUCACGAUGACUGGUGCGGGUCAUAGUGUUGUAAUAGAAGACUUAUCUUUUUUUUAAUAUUAUAAAAAAGAAAUGGCAGAUUAGGAACAAAAUUUUGAAAACAAAUUUUACAUCACUAUUUCAGGGAAAUUACAGUGUAAAAAAAAAGAAAUAUUCACAUGAUUAUAUCUGCCACAUUGUAUUAGGAUUGUCUGCAUGCAGCAUUAUGUAAAUCAUUGGUCACUGACACCUUUUCAGUACAUCCAGUUAGCCAUAUUUAUCUCAACUCUAGCCUUCAACUAAUUAAAAAGAUAAUUGUUGUUGUUUUCAACCAUAUUCUCUAGUAUACAGUUUGCAUGAAAAUAUUUCUAAUUCAUGAUGUAACCUUAAACAUGACAAACAUGCAUAAAGUUGUCAGUUUUUCCCUAUUUGGUUCAUAAUUAUAUUCUACUGUAUUAACGAAUCCAUGUGAAAACAAGUAUCUGAAGGAGAUUGCACAUAGUAUUACGGUGUGCGUGAUAAGCCCCAAAUAAAUGGAAUCAGUAUUUUCACAUUAA